GUUUGAAGCUCACCUGGCUGAAUGACAUCAAAAUCGAUCCCCUCCACACCUUGAGAGCCUGAUCCUUAAGCUUAAUUCAUAGUUUCAAUUCUGUAGCAAGAACUGCUGAAACCACAGAGUAAUUCUUAAGAAUAAUGGAUUCAGAAAUACCACAAGUGUUCCAGAAAGAACUCACUUGCUCUGUCUGCCUGAAGUACCUUAUAUACCCAGUCACCAUAGGCUGUGGGCACAGCUUUUGUUGGCCCUGUUUCUUCGUUCCCUGGGGACAAGCCCAAAUUCUUGCCUGUUGCCCUGUGUGCAGGGAGCCGUCACAGCAGGGAGAUGUCAAAAAUAAUAUUCUUCUGAAGAAUCUUAUAUCUAUCGCAAGGCUGGCUCAUCUCAGGCAAUUCCUGAGCUCUGAGAAAAAUAUAUGUGUGACCCACCAGCAGACAAAGAAGAUUUUCUGUGAGGAGAACAAGAACCUGCUCUGUUGGCUCUGCUGCAACCCUCAGGAGCACAGGGCUCACAACCACCCUUCAGUGGAAAGGGCUGCUGAGGAAUACCAGGAGAAGCUCCUAAAGCAAAUAAGAUCAUUAUGGGAAAAGAUCCAAGUAAAUCAAAGAAAUAUAAAUGAAGAGAACAAAAUAAUCAGUCCAUGGAUCUACUAUGUGUAUCUCAGGGAAGAGCUGAUCAGGGCUGAGUACAGGAAACUACAUCCAGUUCUUCAUGAGGAGGAAAAUCGACAUCUAGACAUUCUUAGAAAGGAAAGCAAAAGAAUUUUAGAGGAACUCAAAAAAAGUGAAGCCAAUAUGGUUCAAAAGAAGAAAGACUUAAGAGAAAUAUAUGAGGAGCUGGUGAAAAUGUCCCAUAAACCAUAUGUGGAGCUGCUCCAGGACUUGGGAGACCUAUUGGCCAGGAGUGAAUCAGUGCAGCUGCACUUGCCUCAGCCUAUAAAGCCAGCACUUCCUGCCCAGACCAUCACUGGACUGAUAGACAGGCUCAAGUGUUUCCAAGUGGAAAUAUCCUUUGAAAAUACAGUGUCCAGUGAUAACCUCAAGCUAUUUGAUGAUGUGAGAAGUUUGAGAUUUGGGCACGUCCUUCCAGACUUAUCUUUGAAUUCUGAUGGAAUUAAAUAUUUUGCUGCAUGGGGAACAGAGACUUUCAACUCUGGGAAACUGUACUGGGAAUUAGAUAUGAAGGAUCCUUUGGACUGGGCUGUAGGAGUCUGUAAGGAUUCCUGGAUAAGAAGGAAUGGCACAGUGAUUGAAUCCGAAGACGUGUUUCUUCUCCUUUUUGUCAAGGAAGAUGAUGACCAUAGUCUCUUGACAACCUCCCCAAUGCUUUCUCACUAUAUAGAGAAGCCUCAGGGCCGGGUUGGUGUGUUCCUUGAUUUUGAGAGUGAAAGUGUGAGUUUUGUGAACGUUGCCAAGGGUUCUCUUAUAUGGCGGUACCCUUCUGGCUCUUUGAAUUUCCCAGUCAGGCCUUUUGUUCACACUGGCCACAAGUGAACAGGGAUAAGUCAGGAACUCUAUGCCUGGGGAAUUUACAUUUCAGGAAGCCCUUCCUAGUUGAAGUUUACAAUACUGUACUUUAGUGCUUUUUAAGUAAUUUGUACUUGAUCCAGACAUGGUGGCACAUGCUUAUUAAUUCACAAAUAAUUUGGUUAAUUUGGGAGUCUAAUGUAGAAGGACUUCAAGUUUGAGGCCAGCCUGGGCAACUUGGCAAGACACUGUCUCAAAAUAAUUAAAAAUAAUAAUAAGAAGAAGAAGAAGAAGAAAAAAAAAAAGGCUGGGAAUGUAGUUCUUUGGUAGAAUACCCCUGGGUUUAAUACCCAAUGAAAAAAUAAAAAUGGCAUUUUGUUGAAUAUAACUGUCUUUUUAAAUAUAAAGACAGUGUAAAUUACCAAAUUGUGUUGACUCAAUUUUUUUUUUCUUUUAAUGAUGGUCAUCUUUUGUGGAACAUAAAAUGAUUGGCAAACUAUGUGUUCCAGAUGCACUACAUGCUGUGACUGCUUACAUGUUUUGUGAAUUUGUCAUAUUUAAGGUUGCAUAAUUUUAUGAUUUAAGCUGAAUGACAUUUUUAGGAUGGAUUUUUAUAUCAUUCUCUGCAAUAAACAUUAUUUUGUUGUUUUCAUCUUUCUAUUGAUCUAAGAAAAUAUAAUGUAUUUUUCUUUGGGAAAUAAAAACAAAUGAAGUUCUUUCUCACA